AUGGCAAGGAAGAAAAAGGGUAGCCCCAAAAUCAAGAAAUUAUUUCAAUGUACGGGUUAUAAAGAGUGCUCUAUGGUAUUCACAAGAGAGGAACAUUUAGCAAGACACAUUAGGAAACAUACAGGGGAGAAGCCUUUCCAAUGUGAUAUAUGCUUAAGAUUUUUCAGUAGGGUUGACAAUCUAAAACAACAUAGAGAAACAGUGCAUUUGGAAGGAGCGACCCCGCUAAAUAUAAAUAAAGCAUUGACUACAACUCCGACAUUGUGCCUAAAUGGUUCAAUUAACCAAAAAAAUAAUGAUAAAUAUAAAACCAUACAAGACAAUACGAGGAUAUUCGGUCCCCCAAAUCCAAUUCAACCCGUUUUCCAAAAAAAUAACAAUAAUACCACUAACAUUCCUUUCCCUACUGACAGUAAUAUCAAUCAUCCCUUACCGACAAGUAUACGAAGAAGAUUCUCUAUAUAUAACCCAAUUUUAUUAGUACCACAACCACCACCACUCCCAGUUCCUGGUUCCGUACCAAUCCCACAACCACAGCCCAUGAAUCGAUCGUACGCACUCCCGAUACCGUUCCAAUCACCGGCACCAGUACCAGUACCCGCACCACGACAACAACGACAACAGCAGCAAUCACAACCCCCUCCUUACAUAAGACCAACAAUCUUACAAGCACAUUCACAACCCAACAUGAAAGUACAUCCACCCAAGAUUAAUCCCCAUACUCUGCCAAAUGGGGAGAAUGUAUUAAACACUACAUACUCUUCGUCUUCUCAAUUAAACUUGACACUAUUGAAUAAGCACUUCCAUAAUAUCGCAUCAACUUCAGGUCACAACUUUGUAGAAGUAAUUCAUCACGAUAACAAAUCUCUUGUCCUAAACAAAGAUAAAGAUAAAAAUGAAAAAGAAGACGAAGAAGAAGAAGAAGAAGAAAAGAAAGAUGAUAAUAUACAUUCAGGUAACGAUUCUGAACCGAAGAAAAUGGAUACAACGACGGAAAAAUUAGAAAUGGAGCUCCAAUUUAUUAAAGAUUCAUCUAAUAGCAUAUGUGAUACCGAUGGAACUACCCGGGUUGGGACCAUUGAUAACGCCGGGUAUACCGACGACGAUGGAACUUCUAAUGACUUGAAAAAAAUAGCCAACAAUACUUCUGUAGAAAAGGAAUCCUCAAACCCGCCCGUAGGAUCACCAACCUCUUCUAAACUCAGUUUAGAUUAUAUAAUUAGUCGCUGA